GAUCAGUCACAACAGUGACUGCUGAACAGCUUGAUCUCUUCAAACCAGCUGGCAAGCCACACUGAACUGCUAUUCCUACAGUUUUGCAUUGAUCAGUCUGAAGAGCAAAACAUAUUUUUAAAUAUAUCAUAUAGGCUAGCACCGCGCGCUCGUUAAAUACUCGUUACUAGUCCUCGUCCCAGUGUUUUGCAGUUUCUACAUUUUUUUUAUUUUUUAUUUUCCUUAAACUUCUAAUGCAUCAUUCGCAAAAUUCUGAGUCCAGUUUGCCUCGAUAUGGCCCGGGGUGAAGAAAGCGUCCAAAUUUUCAGACCAAUCAUAACGGAGUGGGAGUAUUUGCGCGAGAAAUGAUGCGCUCGUGCGCUGUGUGCCUCUCGCGCGCUGUCCCUCCCAGCAUCAUCAAAGCAGCAGCGAUCAGCGCGCGACCACAGCUCAGGCACCUGCAGGGUUCUAAUGGUCUGUGACCUCUGUAAUUGAGAAGCUUGCAACUAUGUGAUUGCCUCAUAUUCCAUCAUCGCCCUUCUUCGUUUUCCCCCCAAAAAACCUCCAGGCGACUCCAAUGGUCUCCUUGUCGUCGGAUUUCACUAUCCGGUACGCAGUUGCUCCGUUGAGGGGCACUGAUGACCCCUUUUGGUUAUUGCGCUCCGUCCCUGCUGGCUUCCCACCUUUGUAACUGCAUCCCCACUGCUACUUGUGCAUCUGGAUCCACUUUAUGUCGCCAUGUUGAGUGCCUUUGAAUGGUAUGGCUGUCUUCUUCUUCUGACGGGGAUGACAAGAUCCGUCGGCCAGCGUACGGAUCCACUAACGCCCCCUGCCCCCGAAUAUGCCCACUCUAUACGACUGGAUGGUGACAUCAUCCUGGGGGGUCUCUUCCCGGUGCACGCUCGGGGCGAACGUGGCGCCCCUUGCGGGGAACUGAAAAAAGAGAAGGGUAUUCAUCGGUUAGAGGCUAUGCUUUUCGCCAUCGACCUAAUCAACAAAGACCCCGACCUGCUGCCCAACGUGACCCUGGGGGCGCGCAUAUUGGACACCUGCUCGCGCGACACCUACGCCCUGGAACAGUCGCUUACCUUCGUGCAGGCGCUCAUCGAGCGAGAUUCUACCGACGUGCGAUGCGCUAGUGGCGAGCAGCCGAUCUUCGCCAAGCCGGACAAGAUCAUCGGUGUGAUCGGUGCUGCGGCUAGUUCUGUCUCCAUCAUGGUGGCCAACAUCCUACGCCUGUUUAAGAUCCCUCAGAUCAGCUAUGCAUCCACAGCGCCGGAGCUGAGCGAUAACACCCGCUACGACUUCUUCUCCCGGGUUGUGCCGCCAGACUCCUACCAGGCCCAAGCUAUGCUGGACAUUGUGACCGCCAUGGGCUGGAACUACGUCUCCACGCUGGCAUCUGAGGGGAAUUAUGGAGAGAGCGGCGUGGAGGCAUUCGUUCAGAUCUCACGAGAAUCUG